CUCCCGUCUUUGCCUCUCUCGCCUCCCUCCAACGUCAGCCUUUGGAACGAGCGCACGGCAGCCAUUUCCCCCGUCGCCGUCCAAGCAACAACCUCCUCUUCGCCGUCGCAGGAGCGCCGGCAGUUUACACUCCUUCUCCCCCGCCGACGACUCGUUGCGCCCGACUCUCUCGAGGGUCGUCGCCGUCGAGCCUCACCUUCACCGAACCGGUUCUGCUGGCAUGAAGCUUUGAUAGCUUUCUCUAUCGUCUUAGUCAGCAGCUGAAAAGAAGAGGAGAGGGAGAAUAUGAGCGCCCGUAGGUUAUCCCAGCAAGUAGCAAUCUCUUGGUCCAGUCUUAUCUUCAAGCCGGGCCUUGCCAAGAGAUCAGUACACACUAAACCCUUCCUGUACUCCGAUACUUGCUAUUCCUCUAGCAGAAAACUCCCUUUCUGUCAUCUUCCCAAAUGCCAUUUCUUCACUUCCCAAGAGGCGGCAUCGAGAGCUGUUCACGAACUAUUGGCGGAGGUGGAGAAGGAGAAGCAGAGAGAGAGAGAGGCUAGGAGGAGGGCUGGCCUUGAUACCAAAGACAUUGAUGCAGAAGAUGAAGAAGACUACAUGGGCGUAGGCCCGCUUAUCCAAAAGCUCGAGAAGGAGAAGCUGAAGGGCGAUGCCUCUGCUGAUCUCGAUUUUUUUGAGGAGCCCACUGACUCAGAAUCCGACGACGACGACGAGCGAUUCAGUCCAAACAAUCUCAAGAAGAGGUUCGAGCAAUUUGAGAAGAAGUGCAAGCGCCACGAGGAGUUGCUCAAGAAUUUUGUUGAGUCUGAUACACUUGAUGAUGCAUAUAAAUGGAUGAACAGAAUCGAUAGGUUUGAGGAUAAACAUUUCAGGCUUCGUCCAGAGUAUCGAGUCAUUGGUGAAUUGAUGAACCGUUUGAAAGUAGCAGAAGGGAAGGAAAAGUUUAUUCUUCAGCAGAAACUAAAUAGGGCUAUGAGAUUGGUAGAUUGGAAGGAGGCUUAUGAUCCUAAUAAUCCUGCCAAUUACGGAGUCAUUCAACAUGGACAAGUGGGUCCCUCAGCUGAUCUUUUAGAUCGGGCUGGCUUUGAGAGAGAGAGGCAAGUUAUACAAGGGGUUGAUGAUGACGAGGAUGAGGAAUUUGAUGACAUGAAAGAGAAGGAUGACAUGUUGAUAGAGAAAAUUAAUGAAAUUGAUAAGAUGCUUGAAGAGAAGCUGGCACAGUUGGAUCAUACAUUUGGAAAGAAAGGAAAGGGGCUAGAGGAGGAGAUCAGGGACCUCGCGGAGGAAAGAAAUGCUUUAACUGAAAAGAAGAGAAGGCCUCUUUACAGGAAAGGGUUUGAUGUGAAAUUGAUAGAUGUGAAUCGGACUUGUAAAGUUACAAAGGGUGGGCAAGUGAUCAAGUACACUGCUAUGUUGGCAUGUGGAAACUACCAUGGUGUUGUUGGUUUUGCAAAAGCGAAGGGCCCUGCCGUUCCUAUUGCUCUCCAAAAGGCAUACGAAAAAUGCUUCCAGAAUCUUCAUUAUGUGGAAAGACAUGAAGAGCAUACAAUUGCACAUGCUGUACAGACCAAUUACAAAAAAACCAAGGUAUAUCUCUGGCCAGCUUCAACCAGGACUGGUAUGAAAGCUGGAAGAACUGUUCAAACAAUUUUGAAUUUAGCCGGUUUCAAGAACGUGAAAUCUAAGGUCAUCGGCUCAAGGAAUCCUCAUAAUACCGUUAAAGCUCUUUUCAAAGCUUUGAAUGCGAUUGAAACUCCAAAAGACGUUCAAGAAAAGCUUGGCCGGACAGUUGUGGAGAAGUACUUGCUAUGAAGUCUCCGACAGCUCCAGUAAACUUUCUUGGAUUUUGCAGGCUUCAACUAAUUUUCCCUUAGCGUGCUAAAGAAGUUUGGCCGGUGCCGGAUCAGUUGUGAGCUAGUUACUGAGAAGUCUUUGCAUCUCUAGGCAGUAUGUUUUCUUGGGUUUUGGUAGGGUUCGACUAUUUUCACCCCUUUGCUCGCUUGACGCAUUAGCUGUUCUGAAAGUUUGGCAAAAAUUCGAGUUUUUUUCACUGGAUGAGUUCAGGCAAUGAUGGAUGUGGUCUUCAGCUAUGUUUCUGGAUAUACCUUGGAUUACACAAACAGUGUAUUAGUUUAGUUUAACCGAAAAUAAGGUACCCGUUUAGAUA